CACACACACACACACACACACCCGCGCGCGCACGAAAUGGAAUCCUCGUAAUGCCCAAUAAUAACCCUCACUCAUCCUUGCUAAGGAGCCUGGAUCAACUUUUCCGCAGAAAGAAAACGUCUUAAUUGGAGCCACAUCCAAAAGAUGACCCACGUGGGACGAGCUUUAAAAAGAAGUUUUCUCGGGUUCGGAUUCCUUAGCUCCGCCCCCUCUCGAUUGCUUCCCGGCCGCUGCACAACAGCGGUGAGGAUGAACUAUUUGGCACACCCUGGAUUGAUUUCGAUUUGGACAUCGAUGGCUGUGUCGUUUGGUUCCGCUGAGCUUUGGUAUUAAAUGAGACUUCGCCUGCCGGCCCCAUGUCUGUUCUGCCCCGGAUUCAUCUCAGCAUCUCCUGCCUUGAUUUUUUCAUGCAAGAGAAGGAAGAAUACCUUCCCCAGAUUCUCUUUUUGGGAAAAGAAGAAAGGAACUCACCUUUCUUUAUUCUAAAGGAGCCAAGUUGCCCUGAAGAUCAUGAACUUGUCUUCUGAGCACUGCAACACAUCAGACUGGCUGAGGCUGGAAGCAACAGUGAAAGCUUCGGUAUAUGUGGUGGCUUUCUCCUUCACCACUUUUAUCACUGCCAUCAUUAUUGCAAUAGUGUCACAGAAUUCAGAACUGAGGAAACAGAUCCGAUACAUCCUCCUUUGCCACCAUCUGCUGUGCAUCUCCUCCUACUGUGGCCUGGGGGUGGUUUUCCAAGGGAUGCGGGCCCUCCUGGCCAACAGCCCCGUGUUGGUGUGCUGGGUGGUGUUUGGGGCCCAGCUGAGUGUUGGAGAAGGGAUUCUUUUCACUCUGGCCUUGAUGGCUGUCAACACUUAUCUAGCAAUUUGCUGGCCCUUGAAGUCUCUGUCCUUUGUAGAUUCAGUUAAGUAUAGGAUUCUGGCUGGGACUUGGAUAAUCAUUAUACUGAAGAAUGUUUGCUUAUUCCUCAUAGAGGGCACUAGCUCUACUCAGGUUGCUCUUCUAAAAUCUGAACCCCUUUGCCCAGUGGUCUUGAAUGGCGUUCCUGCCAGAGUGAUUGGCAUUGUUUUCCUUGUCCUUCUUCUGUCUAUCAUUCUUAUAAGUUACUCUCUGAUAUACAAAGAAGGGAAACGGGCUGGCCAUUUUAAUAGGUCAAAUAUCAAAGCAAGGAAAACAGUCCUUAUUCAUUUACUGCAGUUGGGCUUACAUGUGAUACCAACCCUGUUAUUCAUAGGUUUGGGAAAGAUGUGUGGAGUGUUUUUCUCUGCUUUAAAUCUGGUGCUUUUUGGAGUCUUUGCAUUUGCCCAGUGUUUUAACCCUCUGAUCUAUGGGCUCUGGAAUAGAGAGUUGCAAAGCAGAUUAUACCAUUGGAUGUGCUGUCAACUGUGGUGUGGUCACACGGUGACCAGCAAAGGGCCGGUUUAAACAAAAACUCAACCAUUUUGAAUCCAUAACGCUUGUCCUAAUGGACUAUCGGCUAGGGUUGAGGAUUUGCUAUUUACUCAAUCUAAUAUUGAUGCCUUGAUUUGAUUUUGAAAGUAAUAUGAGUAAAUCAAAGUUACCCAUCUGGCUUGCAAACUUUGCUACUGUGUGCACUGAAUUGGCCUCAGUGAAAUCAUUUUAUGUUUUUAAUUCUAAAUCCCAAUUAGCAUUGUGGGCAGCAUGCUUUACUGUGUUUCAGGAGUUGGGCAGUUUUUGCGAAUGCAGUUGUUUUUAGAAACUGAGAAAUAGUCCAUUGCUGAUAGGGAGAGAAGUUUGGCUCUUCCUCUUUAUUAAUUAAGGGUAGGUUUGGCUAAUGUAAUAACAACCCAGCAACAUAAUAACAGUGACUUUAAAAAGUUAGAGAUUGAUUUCUUUUUCUUAUGUAAAAGAAAUCUGGAGGUACACAACCCAGGCCUGUGUGGCAACUCUGUAGUCCACAGGCUCACUCUCUUCUCCUCUGCCGUGAUUCAUGACCCAAGAUGGCUUUCAGUGCUCCUGUCAUCACAUUCACACUCCAGCCAACAAGAAGGAGGAAGGGGCAAAGAAGCCUACCUUCUAAAGACACUUUCUAGAAGUUACAAAACACUUUCUUACAUCUAACUGGCCAAAAUUUAUUCAUGUAGCUAUGACUUAGAUUUAAGGGAGGGUAGCAGGGUAGCAAAGUCCCCAGUUAAAAAUUGGGGUUCUUAAUACUAAGAAAGUAAGGAAGAAUGGAUAUUGGGAGACGAAAUUACUUCAGGAGCCGAUUUCCUCUCAACAAAUAAAAUACAAAGAAACACAAUGGAUGGGUUAUGGUCAUCACAAAAAUAUACUCUACCUUUUCAUUGGAUAUAUAAAUACAGAGUUUUCUAUUCCGUAUCCCAGAAAACUUUAAUUGUAUUAUGUCAAAGAUAAUGGCAUCAAUAAAGAGA